GGGGAAACUGAAACUGGUUACAGCUCUCUCUCUCCCUGCUAGUAACUGUUGGCGCCAAAACAGACUUUCCCGCCCUUUUCUUCCCUCCUAGAUCUCUGUUUCCCGCCUGAACCUCCCAGCCUUGUCUAAGGCGUCCUCAUUUGCCUAAGGCAGGCAGAGUGGCGCCUAGGCGGACGGACGCCUUGGACGCCUUAUGGACUAAGGCGGACGCCUUAGACACACAGGUAAGGCAAGGCCGACGCCUUGGCUCCUGGGGGCGCCCUGACGCCUUAGGGACGCCUUAAAAAUAAUGGUCUAAUUCAUGGAAGAAUGUACUUCUGCUUGAUAGAUUCUAUAUGUUCUGAUGUAGAACAGCAUAAGGAGGAACUGAGUUGACCUGGUUGAUUCAAACUUGUGCACAAUUACGGCUUUUGGCAUGAUUGAUGCAAUGCCCAUGGGGUAGAGAAGAUACACAAAAUGUCUUUGAUGGAGAUGCGGGGUCAGGAAAAAAUGCUUGUCACUGGCAGCAACGAUUGCUGGGGUGAUUGCCGCUAAACUUGCUUGACAAUAGCAAUUUCCGAAGUAAAUCACGUAUGGCAUCCGGAAAAGGUUGUUCCAGGUAUUCAUGUAUGAUAUGAACAAUUACACAACAGAACUGUAGUGGUGCUGUACAUUUUUAAUUCCUUUUGCUCGUAAAGUUCAGUUGUAGAAUAAGUGUUUAUGCCUGUGAGAAUUUGCUCUUUGUUUCUCUACCUGGUGUUGAUAACACAAUCUGUAUUGUAGAACCUCGUUCAUGAUAGAUAUUUAUCUGUGAGAAUAGUGCAUCAUGUGCCCUUUUUUCCCCUUCCGAAAUACUCCCUCCGUCCGAAAAUAGUUGUCAUCAAAAUGGAUAAAAGGGGAUGUAUUUAGACAUAUUUCCGUUCUAGAUACAUCUCUCUUUAUUCAUUUUGAUGACAAGUAUUUCCGGAUGGAGGGAGUAGUAUGGUCUGUCAAUACACCCUUCAUACUGCAUUACAUCUCUUGAUAUAGCAAAUGAGAACGCAAUUCCUCCUUAUGUUCCAGGAUUUCGGGUGUACAACAUCAGUCAACUCUCUGGGUAAGAAACUACCCAGGGUAUCCUAUUGCUCGCGUAGCUGGAGACAGUUAAAUACGAUUUAUUGUUAUGAAAUGAACAGUAGACUGGAAGCGAUUCCAACCUUCACCAACAUCCGUGUUUCUGUAGUGUCCAGCACUGGAACCAAAAACAAAAAAAACAGGUGAUUGUAUCAGUAGUAACAAAUGGGUGAGGUUUUGAUCCUUUGCCAACCGUAGCGAGUCAGACACAAAAUCCUGCAUAUUGCUAUCCUGGUGUGUGGUAUCAGUUUUUGUUUUUCUGUUUUUUGUUUUUUGUUUUUGAGGGGAUGUUGUUUCAGUUUUCUGGUAAGUCAAGCAAGUACUCCCUCCGUCCGGAAUGGAAAUUGAUGUAAUUUCGGACGGAGAUAAAUCAGGAUGUGAUUGUGAUGCCGUGAUGUGCCAGUUGCAGGGCUGUAUUGUAUUUGCAGCUCGGCUCACCCGGUUGCUCAUUUGUAGCUCAAGUUCAAGUGGCCUUUUGUCCUCGACGUCGGCAUCGUCAAAUGGUUUCAUCCUUGGCCGAUCGUAGUGACUAGUGACUAGUGAGCCAUACACGAAAUCUGUGUUACGAUCAUCCACAAAACCGGUUUCAAAAAAGAAAAGAAAAAAUCAUCUACAAAACCUCGACCCGGUUGGUCUCUAGCAUAGGAGAAAAGAGAUCCGCUCCUGCCGAAACUCGACUCGACGGGUCGACGGGUCAAACUUGACAACCCUGGCCCAAAAUAUGCAAGUUGUAACUGGCACAGCCGGAAAAGUCUAGUCUAAUAAAUACUGUAUGUAUAUAUCCUUCCGUUCCACCAAAUGAUCAGAAGCAAGGAGCGCUUCCGGCGACCGCGAGCUGCACCUGCACCGGAGACAGCAGCAUCCACCGGAGGAGGAGGAGAUGGAGACGGGGCCGGGUUCGCGCUGCCGCCGGUGCCUGGAGAUCCUGUGCGCCGUCCUCCUCCCGCCGCUCCGCGUCUACCUCCGCCACGGCUUCUGCUCCAUGCGGUUCUUGAUCAGCGUGCUGCGCACCAUCAUCGGCUACUACUUUUGCCUUCUCUUCGUUAUUCAAGCCCCCGUCACGGGUUACGUGCGGAACUACCUCGCCGUCUUCUAUGUCUUGCUCCUCGUCGCACUCAACCGCCCCAGUAAUGGCGACAACGACGACGUCGACGAAGAUGACGACUCCGCCACCGCCGCCUCCUACGUCUUCGUCGCCUGACCGUGUUUGAUGAUUCCAUGCCGUGUGGACUGUCAGUCCCCCAACAAGAUUAUUUGUGGCGAGGUCUUGUCACUGUACCAAAAUUGAGUUGACCCACUUAAAUCCAACCUCCUUAUUGUGCCUC